AUUCUUAGUCUUCGAAUUAAUUUAGGUAGUUUAAUUAUUUAGAAGAUUUCAACAGAUUACUUAGCUUAUUUAGUCAUUCUAUGAGUUGUAUUUUACCCUAUAAAAAGGGAGUAUUAUUCAGAAUAAUAACAAGCAGAAAUUUAAUCCCAAAAAGGGUCUAAGGGAAUUUUGGGUCUCAAGCAAACCCAGUGUCUUCUUCUUUUCCUUUUCCAACUAUUAUUCUUUCUUCCUUUUUCCCUAUGUUCUCUUGCCCAUGACGGGAGCACAUAACAUUGGUUCCGUUGCCGGCGUCAUGGGCGUCACUCGGUCUGAGUUUGAAGCUCUCAAAGAAUCAGUGAAUGAGUUGAAACUCUUACAAUGUAUUACAAAAUUCCUCAACCAAACACCAAAAAUCGAUACGCCAACUUCCUUAGGAAGUCAGCAAACAGAUGGCGAUGUUACAUCACUCAACGUGGAUGAUUCAUCAUUCACAAUCAUUGUUGAUCACCCACAUGUGGAGAUAGCGCCAAUGCAAGCCACUGUUUCAGCCGAUCAGCCUCAUGUGGUUUCAACACAAAAGGCUGCUGAAAUUGAGAUUGUGCCCUUUCCAAAAACUGUCCUAUGCGUGGGAGGGUUAUUUCACCUCUCUCCAACCCCAUCUCAUUUAAGGGUUGUGUCCUAUGGUAUUGGCCAGUCUUCAUCUUUGGUGUCUCCCUCAUCAUCCCAUGUUGUUGUUCCAAAUAACUCCUUCAAAGGAUGUCCAAGUUUGGGUUCUUCAUCACCACUGUUCGCUCCUCCAUUGAUCAGUAGAAUGCCACUAAAGGCUUUUCCAUUUGCACUUCUUUUGGUGAGGCCAUUUGAUCGUGGGAAGUGUUGGCUACGUGAUGCACAAAGUUAUCAAGCUUGAGGGCAAGCUUGAUGUCCGGGAGGGGUGUAAUGAUACAUGCUUUGAGGAAGUCUUAUUUGAGAUAUUAAUAAAUUACUAAAUAGUUAUUUAGAAACUAAUAAAUAGUUAUUUAGAAAUUACUAAAUAGGUAUUUACCUUAUUAUUCUUAGUCUUCGAAUUAAUUUAGGUAGUUUAAUUAUUUAGAAGAUUUCAACAGAUUACUUAGCUUAUUUAGUCAUUCUAUGAGUUGUAUUUUACCCUAUAAAUAGGGAGUAUUAUUCAGAAUAAUAACAAGCAGAAAUUUAAUCCCAAAAAGGGUCUAAGGGAGUUUUGGGUCUCAAGCAAACCCAGUGUCUUCUUCUUUUCCUUUUCCAACUAUUAUUCUUUCUUCCUUUUUCCCUAUGUUUUCUUGCCCAUGACGGGAGCACAUAACACGUUCCAGUCUUCUCCUUUUUAAGAGACUUGGUAGUAGAUUAGAAAAUAAGUAUUAAUUAGAAAGAAAAAGAACACAAUAUAACCAUAAUAUAUGCAAAAAGCAAUCCAUGAAUUUGUAAUUGGGGAAAAUGACAUCACAUGAGGUUCAUUCAUUAACUUUUUUGUGUAUAUUUUGGCUUCUAAUCUGAUUGA